CAGUUAACACAAAAAGAAUUUUUUAUAUAUUAUAUAGUCUGCCUCAACCACCUUCACAACACGAAAAAUGAUCUCCACUAACAGUAUCAAGAUUUUAAACGUCGUGAAGCGGGUGACAUUUCAUCGCACGUCGCAAGUGUUGCAGCAAACAAGAAAUGUAGCAGCUUCUCCUCUUCGUCCUCCGUGUCACACGAAGAGCUUCUCGUCGUCAUGUCCUCGUCAGAGCGUCUCUCCUGACGACCAUCACUCUCUUACUGCGGGCACUAGUGAAAAUUUCUCACCAACUGAUCGGGGGCCAUACUUUCAAAAUUCGCUAAGUGAACAAAGUGUGGGCGCUGUCGUGCGUCGCUACGCCGACGAGCUGCAGGAGCGCGACGUGCCUGAAGCGCUGCUCUCCGUGCAGCACAUCGUCGCUAGCGUGCUGGACUGCAGCAGGGCUUCCCUUGAGUCAAAAGAAGGCCAGGUUUUGUCGCCCAGUCAGUCGGAAGACCUGAGACGGCUCAUCACCUGUAGACUAGAGAGGGCUCCAGUGCAGUAUAUCAUCGGGGACUGGGACUUCCACGACAUCACCCUGGACGUGCGGCCGCCCGUGUUCAUCCCGCGGCCGGAGACUGAGCAGCUCGCGGAUGACGUCAUCCGCUGCGUCAAGGCCUGGCCGGGCGCAGGCAACCCGCGGCUGCUGGAGCUCUGCUGCGGCUCUGGCGCCAUCACGCUCGCUGUGCUGCGCGCCUGUCCUGGGGUGGAGGCAACAGCAGUUGACCGGAGCGCCGAGGCAGUGUCCCUCACUGCCCACAACGCCGUGAAGCUGGGGGUUCAGUCACGGCUGACGGUGAAGCAGUGCGAGGUGACGGAGGAGCCUCUCGUGUGUCUGCCCCUCCAGCGCUACGACAUUAUAGUCGCCAACCCGCCCUACGUGCCCACCGCACACCUCCGCGACCUCGCGCCUGAAAUUCGCUUAUACGAAGACCUGCGGGCGUUGGACGGAGGACCAGAUGGUCUGACGGUCAUCAAGCUCAUCCUGCGCCAAGCGGCCAACCUACUUAGUGAAGAAGGCUUACUCUUCCUUGAGGUGGAUGAGCGACACGGGCGGGAGCUGCCGCUGUGGCUGCAAGAGGAACAAGAGCGCAACCAGUCGCUGCGAUGCCUGCAGUUCGUCAGCGUGCAGAAAGACUUCUCUGGCAGGGACAGAUUCAUUAGGUUCAGAAGAGUCCUCGAGCACAAUUACUCGUGAUAAUAGGAGCAAAAUUAUCUACACGGACUGAUGAACUUCAUCGAGCAGAUGAUAGUAAUUGUUUCAUUUCCAAAAGUAUUAAAAAUAUCUAUGUGUACCUGAACAUCAUCCACGUAGUCCUUGGCUGACGGAGUUGAGUUCAUGGUUUUUCCCACGAUCAGGUGUUAUGGGUUUACCAUUGAGCUCAUUGGAGUCGCACGAACGCCGUUCAUGCAGGAGUAUGCAGUAUGGUCAUGGUUAACAUCAUGGUCACACUGCAGUAUUGUUGGUAGUAUGAUGUGCUGGUGAUAUAGUGUGACAUCAGCUUGUGAUGCUCGUCAUGUUCUCAAAAUUGUUCAUGGUUUGCGUUGAAGGAUUAGACCAACGACGCGGUUCAUCGAGAGCCUGAGAUUAACACCAACGAUUCAAUGAAUCGCACCUAAGCCGUCGCCCAAUACCGUAAAAUUUUCGUCCAGGUCUCAUGGCGAAAUAAAAUCUAAAUCGGUUGAAAUAUUUAGUCAGUGAAUCUCAGAUUGUUAUAUGAUAUUUGUUGCUUCAACUUUAAUCGACAGCAAUGCAGUGAGAGAAAUUUUUAACCGAUAAUUUAUCGACGUUUUAUCUAUUCACGAGAAAAUUGCGCCUAGUAUUGGACUCCAGCAAUGUAUUUUCAUUGUGACCUUGAGGUAAUUGGGAGAAAAUUGAAUAUCAAUAUGCAAAAUAUAUGUACUUGAAUACAAUCUUGGAUUCCACACAUACAAAAAUAACGUAACAAGAAGCUAUUUCUGCUCAUCAAAACCCAACACAAUAUAGGAAUUAAAUCUACAAUGAAGUUGACACCUAUAAUUAAACCGAGUCUAAUGAAGUAUCAGUCGUGAGAGCAAAAGGGAAGAGCUUAUAUAGAGAACACUUAUAAUAUAAAUAACACAAAUAUAAUAAGACACACGAGAGGCGAGUUCAAGGGCCAUUAAUAACGUGAUGGUCACAGCUCACGAUCGAUUAUAUAAAUUUCUUGAGCGACUCGACAUGACUAAUAGGAAGCUCCAUGAACGUUUCACUGCUGACUGCGAUGCUUGCCAAGCUGCUGGGGGAAGCUGAUGGUCUCCUUGCGGCCCUCGGCCAUCAGGGCUUCGAUUUCCUCAACACUGCAGGAAGAGAAUAAAUAAUUUAGUAAUGGUUUUAUAUUUAAUUCUUGUUUUCCUUGCAUCAAAUAGUUGAGAAAAUAAAGUGGUGUGGACAUCGAA